AUGGAGAUCGAGAAUACUAAGUUUGUCACCUGCAUUGAUACCACUGUGCAUUAUCGCUCAUGUAUUCCCGUGCAGAACCUGAAGACUGACCCUGUAUUCAAAGCAUUGGAUAAGAUAUUCCGCCGCUACAACAAGGCAGGCUUUCGAGUCAAGAUCAUCAAGUGUGAUUGGGCGUUCAUUCCUCUGACGGAUGAUAUGCUAGACGAUAUGGGUGUUACUAUUGACCCGGCUGCAGCUGGAGACCAUGAGCCUACCGCUGAGCGAAACAAUAGGACGCUGAAAGAAAGAGUCAGAGUAGCUCUUGCUCAACCUCAAUAUUGGGAGCCUCAUUACUGA